AUGCCUAUCUUCAUUCACGUGGGACCAAAAUCAAACGUUCCGGAAGUCUACCGAUAUUUCACAAGGUCCAAUAUUGGAUAUCUGGUUAUGGAGUUCAUUGAUGGCAUUUCAUUCGAAAAUAUCAUGCCCCAGGAAAAUCCUGAAGUCAUUCAAAAUUUGGCUGAAGCAAUUAUACGGUUUCGCUACGAAAGUUCCACCAGACUUCCCAGGGCCUCGGACUCGCGGGAUACCUCGAGGGUACCUGUUUUCUGA